GGUUCCCCUGACGUCAGCACGUUGUACGUGGUUGGACUCUGCACUGUCUCCGCGGCGGUUAGCGACCAGUGAGCUUCAUUUCCAACAAACACUGAAGUCCCUGAAGAUGGCUCUCACACAGGUGUCCUCCAACAAGUGCGCCGGUGGCUUCCAGAAGGUUUUCGAACAUGAAAGCUCUGAGCUCAAGUGUAAGAUGAAGUUCGCUGUCUACCUGCCCCCCAAAGCCGACACCGACAAGUGUCCCGUCAUGUACUGGCUCUCAGGUCUGACGUGUACCGAGCAGAACUUCAUCACUAAAGCCGGCAGUCAGCUUCCUGCGGCGGAGCACGGCAUCAUCAUCGUAGCUCCGGACACCAGCCCACGUGGUUGUAACAUCGAGGGGGAGGAUGAGAACUGGGAUUUCGGCACUGGAGCUGGUUUCUAUGUCGACUCCACAGAGGACCCCUGGAAGACCAACUACCGCAUGUACUCCUACGUCACCGCGGAGCUCCCCAAACUGAUCAAUGCUAACUUCCCCACCAACCCAGACAGGAUAUCCAUUAGCGGUCACUCUAUGGGCGGCCACGGGGCGCUAAUCUGUGCCCUGAAGAACCCUGGGAAAUACAAGGGCUACGACCACAGCUACUUCUUCAUCUACUCCUUUAUGCACGAUCACAUCAAGCACCACGCCAAGUACCUCAACGCCUGAGCGGCACCAGAGGACGUGGUCGCCCAGUUCACUGUGACCCUGCGCUGCUUUCCGGCCGUCCACCUGAACUGCUUUUUAUUGUCGUCUGACUCCCUGAAGAAUCAACUACAAUAAGAUCAGUCCUGUUUCCUGAAAACCAUAAAAUGAGUCGAGUCACUGUCGUUUAAACCCAGUUUGAAGCCGUCGUGCCUUCAGUCUGAAGCCUCAAAUAAGAACAAAAGCUUUCUGGGUAAUUGGAGUUGGAGCCACAGUUCUCAGACAGUAUUAGUUAAAUAUCAGUGGAAAUGAGCCGACAGUUGCAGACAGCGGUCAGUGAUUAGCCAGCUGUACUUUUCAGAAUAAAAGCAUCUGUUAUUCA